AUGAAAUCACCCUCUUUGACUACACCCACCCUAUCCUCCUCUUCUAUCCGUUCACCCAAUCUCGCUCCUAACAGAGCACCGUCGCCAAAUCUGCCUCAUCGACCAUCAACCUCGUCGAACCGUUCGUUGAAGAGAUCAGAAGCGGACUUUGAAGCAGCUCUGUUAGAUCCUAAAUCCACGUUGUUCUUAUCUGCUGGAAGUCCAAUAGGUGAAGAUGAUAAUGAUCCUAAUGCGAAUACGAAAUUGAAGAAGUACAAUGAUCCAAAUGCUCCUUUGCCAGUUGAGAAAACGAGCUUCGAAGAUGAUUUGAACAACUUGAAAAAUAGAGGAUUAGGUAUAUUAAUGGAAAGUCCAUCAAGUCCAACCAAGAGGAAUAGUAACAUAGGUGUUAUACCUCCUACACCAUCUACGAUAGGUACAGAGAGAAGACAUAAUAGGCGAGCAUCUCAGAUGACGAAUGAUAGUGGAUAUCAAAGUAGUGGAUAUAGCGAUACGACGACACCAUCUAGGAGGAGAGCAAGUAAAUCUUUGGGUAUUGAUGCCGAGUUGGGUGAAAAACCAAUACCAAAGCAAAGUUCGAUGGCUCCCAAGCGAAGAUCGAUAUUCCGUUCGCCCGGUACAGCAUCAUCACCUGAUUUGGCGACUUUAGUGAGAAAGGCCAAGGAAGCUAAAUCGGCAACGACAACCACAAAAAUCGAUGAAUACAUUACACCUUCUUCAGCUGGACCUACGACGACUACUACACCGGUUAAGAAGGGAAGUACCAAUCGUAGACCAAGUGUGUCUAACUCGAUCAAAGGUUCCAAUAUCAAUCCUCCGACAACACCAUCUCAAGCUGAGUCGUCUACAACGUCAAGAAAUAGAGAGAGUUCAGAACCCAACCCGAAAGUGGAUAAUGAACAUUGGCAAAGAUAUGGGAAUAUGAUGGGAGGAAACCAGAUGGUUGUUAUUGCUGAAGGCUCAGGUACGAUAGGUGGAGUGGGAAGAAGUAGAACUCAGUCGUCGGAUGAGGGUUUCAAAAGCAUGAGAAGUAAGGCUAGAGGUGUAUUCGGAAAGAUGUUUGGGACCUCGAAGGAUCAUCAUUUGCCUCCUAUUACGCCACCUUCUGCGACCUCAUCUCGCUUCCCCGACGACAAUAGUCCACGCCCACCUGUUCCUCCCGUCCCAUCCGCCUACGCCGCCAAUCGACGCAAAGCACCCAGUCCACCUGGAUCCCCACCUGAUGCCUUUACUGCCAAUGCUAAUCCCCCUCCAUCCUCUCGUUCUAUAUCUGCUUCUACCGUUCAAACUCAACGUCAACCCAGUCCAGUAUACGAUGGUCGAGAUUCCGUUACACCCACAAAGAAUCGGACAGUGUCUGGAAACAGUAAUCUCAGUACAGACAAACCUCUGCCGGCGGUGGUAGAACCUGAAGAUGGACCGCGACGAACUCCCAGUACGUCUCUGAGAGUAUCGGGGCACACUCGUCAACCAGCGAGUGCAGCGUACGACGAAAGUCCACCUGCAGACGAACCUCCUCUGAAGCCCUCAGCUUCACCCGCUACACAGGCGGUUUAUACGUUCAAGUCCGAUAUGGCGGGGAUGUUAGCCAAUAUAGGGCAGACGGAGCCUGCUAAAGAAUUGGGUUUACCUCCAGAUAGUAUAAGACUGGCAAGAAAUAGGACGAUAUCCACGGAGACUGCUCGAGAACCAAUAAAAAACAGAUUCCCUACCGGAUUGGGCAGAACAGCUUCUAUCAGAAAUACCACUAGCCAUCUAUCGCCUAUACCCAACCAGCGGACUAGCUCUUUACCUGUUGGAUCUUCUCAACUCGAAAGGGUCGUUCCUCAACGUACGACUUCUUCACCUUCUCCUAACGCUUCUCUCAAUGGCGAUUCCAGUUUGAUGCCCAAACAGCAUGCUAUAUCGCGAUCUUCAAGUAGAUCAUCAGGUAGGAAAUCAUCAACAUCGAAAUCACCUGUCCAUUCAACUGUACCUUCACCUAACCGAUCACCAUCUUUAUCAAGAAAAAAGAAAUCGUGCGAUGAAGGUGGAUCACCGUUGGUACCAUCGUCAGUCAGAUUGAUAUCUAGCCCUAAACAACAGGAGAGCUCGACAAUCUCGCCUCUGAAUCUGACAAGCGAAGGAUUGGCCAAAUCAUCUUUCAUCAAUAGUUCGCCGUGGGGUAAACAGACUCCCAGGUUGAUGAGUGCUCCUACGUACAGCAACAACGAGUUGAGCAAGGAUGAUCAGCUGGAAGUGGUCGAUACUCCUCCGGAAACUCCUAGGACAACACAUGAAGAAGAUGAAGAGGAGAAGGGCAGAAGGUUGGCGUGCGAGUUCCUGGAAGAUGACUUUGUUAGUGUACCCGGUGAGAAGGUAGCAGAGUUUCUGGGUGGACCUCGAGCGGUCAAUGGGAUUGCUCUUAAAUACUAUAUGCAAUAUUUCGAUAUGAAAGGGCAGACAUUGGUUGAUUCAUUCAGGGAUCUAUGUCAGAAACUUCACCUGAAAGCUGAAUCUCAAGAGAUUGACCGAAUCAUUGAAGGGUUCUCAACUCGAUAUUUCGAGUGUAACCCUUCGACCGUCUAUGGUACACCCGGUGUCGUCCACACAGUCACAGCGGCAAUGCUCAUGCUUAACACCGAUCUACACAUUGCCGAAUUGAACAAACAUAUGUCAAGGGCCGAUUUCGUCCGUAAUGCCAUGCGAGCCAUACACGAGAGUAUGCCAGCUGGAGAUAGAUCUUCUACACCUGAUUUGAUCAGGGACGAUAGUAGUAGUAUGAAGUUGGGAUUCGGUUCGAAUGCUUCUAUGGCUCCUUCAUUUGUCAGUGUCAGAGCAAAGACACCUGCAAACCCACCUUCAACUCAACGAAGUGCUUCUGCACCUGUCGUUGUCAAUGCUGGACCACCCCGAACGGACAGUACAUCGUCGAUCGGAACCAACAGGACAGAAACGAAGGCUCGAGGAAGUUCAACAACAGUCAGCUCAUUCAACUAUAACAAAGCUUGGGAGGUUGAGGCUGAGAAUGCCCUAAGGGAGAUAUACGCAAGUGUGAAAAAUGAUAGGAUCUUAUUACCUAUUUCAGGCAAUCAAGGCUCCAAUGGGAAUCGACAGUCGAUGAUUUCAAUAUCGAGUAAUGGACCUUUCGAUAGGAGUCGAACGGUCAGAAGUCCCUCGGAUAGAGUGAAUGCGUUGAAAAGAGGUAGUAUAAGAGGUAUGCAGGGAUUGUUGAAUAAUCCUUAUGGAUCACAAUGGUCAGCUUCUGAUGGGAGGCUCAGUCCGACUCCUUCUUACGCUACGUCCAUUAACGAGGGUCUCGGUUCUUUUGCGCCUACUUUGGGAUUCGCCUCUAACCUAUCGCAUACGGUGAUUCGCGAACAGGACGAUGAGAUCCGCAGUCUCGAUUCACAAACGAGCGACGAUACGACGGAAGAUAUGGAUGAUGAUGAGUUGGCUUUACUUGGUGCACCAUGGGCGAAAGAAGGUCUGUUAUCCAGGAAACUGUAUUGGGAAGCAGUAAAUAAAAGAGCAAAGAAGAAUGAUUGGAAACAAUUCUUCGUGGUCAUUUCCAAAGGAGAACUGUACAUGUUCACUUUUGGUGAGAAGGGAGGAGGAGGAUUCAUGGGUGGGUCAGUAGGUGGUGGAAAUUGGCUUGAAAAUGCCAAUGCGAAUGGUCAAAUCAGUCUAAUGCACACCAUGUCAGUCGCAUUACCUAAACCGGGGUAUAAUGCCAAUCGACCUUAUUGCUUUUCGCUUGCCACUCCAUCGGGAGAAACAAGCUUCUUCCAAGCUGGUACCGAAGAUUUGGUUUCGGAAUGGGUAUCAGCGUGUAAUUAUUGGGCAGCAAGGAAAUCUAGACAACCCUUGCAAGGUGGUGUAUCAAAUAUGGAAUAUGGUUGGAAUAGAAUAUCAUCCACAGAAGGUGAACAACGACAACGUGACGAUGAUGAUGAUAGAGCUAGUGUGAAAAGUGGAAGAAGCAAUUUAUCAAAAUUGAACGUCUCGACCUAUGGUAGGAGAAAUAACCAUAACAAUCACAGUAUGUCAAAUCCGAAUGACAAAAUUUAUAUAAAUGAUUGGAAACCUCCUCCACCUGCUACGAUGCCUUCACCCCUUGAUGAGGAAUCUCAAUUAGAAGCUUUGCAGAACUAUAUUAGAGCGUUGGUUGAUGAAUUGGAGGGUCAUAAGGCGAUUGAAGAACCGAUGAAUAAACUUUACACAUCAGGAUCUAAAAAUCAUACCAAAGCGAGAGAAAAUUGGAAAGCGAAGUCGCACUAUAUCCAUACGGAGAUAUUUAAAUAUGAAACUUAUGUCGAGGCUUUGCGAAAUGCCAUCUCGUUAAGGGUUAAGAAGCAGGGUGAAAAGAAGUUGGAAAAAUCUUUAGCUAGGAGUAUGACUAGUUUACAUCGAAAGGAUUCGCAAGACGAUGCCAACGAGGAAGAGGAAGAAGAAUACGAAAUCACUACUACCAAGAAGAAUGGAACCCACAAUGGACAUGACGAAGAGGAUGAUGAUGACGAUGAAGGAUAUGGUACACCUAGUGGAAAUGAUACGAUUAGACGAUAA